AUGAAUUUACGAGAAAUCAAAUCAUAUGAAGAGGAAGCUAUAGAUACCGUUGUAUCUGUUAUCAACAGGGCCAAGGAGUCUCUGGGAGUGCGGCAGACUUUGAAGCAAUUGGCGAAAACACGCGAUCUACUCUCACCGCCAGCCAAAGUAGCGCUGACCACUCUAAAGUGUCCCCUCGUCACCAAUGGCGAGGAACUGAUAAGAAAUGCGAUUGACAAGGAUUGGAAGCUCACUGAGACCUUAUUGUAUAAGCUGGUGUACCAAGGAAUGUCUAGAGACGAAUGCUCUCAAUAUUAUUAUUUUGAGGCAAUCUUCAGCCAACCCACAGUGCAAUAUCCGAUCCCACAAGCAACAGCCUCCGUGUUUUUCAGAAUCGAAGAUAAACUGAUUGAACCACCUGAGAGUAAAGGUGUUCCCAUGAUGGUGUUCAGGGUGGAGGGGCACCACCGUAGCCAUGACGUGCGCUAUGUGCGACUCUGUGUGGACUGGAUCCUGGGAGUCAUCAAAAUGAAGAUCAAACUGUUUGAAAGAAUUGAAAAUAUUGUACUCUUUUAA